GGCCCCCUUCGGAGCUUCCGGUUCGGCGGUGGAAGAAGGAGGAGGAGGAGGAGAGGAAGGCGGGAGGAGAGACCGAAGGACGGAACAGAAAAGGAAUCGAGAGAGAGAGAGAGAGAGAGCGAGCGCUGAGGAAGGUUUCAGGAAGACCUCCGAUAUUUUUGGUUUGUGGAAAGAGAAGGUAUUAGAAGAGAUUUAAGAUGUCCAAAAUAACUACAGAACUUCUGUUGGAAAGAGCCGUGCCCAAGUCUACAAGGCUGCGAAAGAUCAAAACUUUGAAUCUGUCCAGGUUGCAAAUAACGACAGAAGAUCUGGAACCGCAGUUAUUUUCCCACCUCCGCCACCUCCAAGAGCUGGACCUCUCCGACAAUCUGCUCGAGCGGCUCCCUGACAACCUCAGCCUGCCAAACCUCCGCGUCCUGAACUGCAACAACAACCACCUGGAAGAUGUGGUCGCUUUGCAGCAGUUCCCGCAGCUGGAGGAACUGACCUAUAUGAACAACCUGUACCUGACACCCAGCGAUGACUACAAAGUCAUGUUUCUCCUGCGAAACCUUCGGCAGCUGAAUGGCAAGGACAUCACCAAGUUGGCCAACCAUGUCAGAGUGGUCAACAGCCGAGAGUUGACUACAAGGGUCUCUGCUCACUGGGGGAAAAACUUCCGGAACCAGCUGCCGAAAACCUUGUCUCCUGAGCAGUUGAAAACCAUCCGGAAAAAGUUCAUCAGGUCUGCACAAGCCCACGUAGCAUAUGGACCCAGCUCGCUCAGCGACUUCACCCGAUGGCGGGUGAAAAUGAUUGCAGAGGAAUUCUUGAAUUCGCUCAUCAAUCAGGAAAGUAAGCCCACUCCUGAAGUGGAAGAAACAAUGGAGGAAGAAGAGGAGGAAGAGGAGGAGGAGGAGGAAGAAGAGGAGGAGGCGGCGGAGGAAGAAAAGGAAGAGGAGGAGGAAGAGGAGGAGGAAGAAGACAACAAUGAAGAAGAAGAAAAUACACAUAUUGCAGAGACUGAAAACAAAGUCAUUGCUAAGGGCACAGUAAUCCCCAGCAAAAGGAAAGGAAUUCACUCCAAAGGAACGUCUACAAGCAAGCGGUCGCGCUCUCAGAGCAGUUCCAAGGAGGAGCCCUCUCCCACUCCCAAGAAGUCCAGCCGCUUGCAGGAGGAGCGCAGCCCCGAGGGGGGGAAAUCCUCUCGCCCGCAGGCCAAGGAGUCUCAAGCCAGUCAGGAUCCAGGAGGGGCCCAUCGGAACGGAGGGCGGCUUCCGAAAGCACAGAGCCACAAAAGGUCCAGCCACCAGAAAGAGGAGCACAUGGAGAAGGAAGAGGAGGAUGGGAGAGACGCGUGUAGCACUCCUGUCAAGGACUUGGAAAGCGAGGAGACAAUCAGCCUGGAGCCUGUCCAUUUUCUACAGUGUCACAGUAAAGGCAACAACAGAGACGACUUCAAAACCCAGCUAUGGGCUUGUGUCUUUGAGCCACCGCUGGAUUGUGGGACGAGAAAAGACCCCGUGGUGAGCUCAUCCAGGACAGCAGCAACCUGUGGCGGGGACUCGGUGUGUUUGGUGGACUGUGAGACAGGCAUUGUCUUGAAAAAGUACAAAGUGACUGGGGAGGAGUUUUACACGGUUGCAUGGACAACCCUGACAAUGGUGACAAGCGAUGGGAGAAAGAAAAGGCACAAUGUUCUGGCAGCUGCCGGGAGACGAGGCAUCGUGAAGCUAAUUCACGUGACUGCCGAUUACUGCUAUGGAGAGAUCAAGGCUCACAAGAAACCCAUCGCUACUGCCUGCUUCAGUCCCAUCAGUGAGACACAUCUGUUCACCGCAUCCUAUGACAAGAAAAUCUGCAUGUGGGACAUCGGCGUUCCCGACUGCGACUACAACUUCAAGGAAAGGCAGCUGAUGGUGCUGGAGACGGUCAACACGCCUCUGCGGAUUGCCCUGGUGCCCUCUUGCCCGGAUCGGUACUUGGUGGCUGGCUGUGAGCAAGGCUGCUUUGCCUGGGAUAUCAGACUGGACGACAAGCAGACGAAAAACAGGCCCUUCGAAGUGGAGUUUCAAUUCCCGAACGACGAGGGGAACGAGACCUCUUCCCAUCGAGUGGAUGGCCUGGCUUUUUUGAAUGAAGAUAUUGUGGUGACCAAGAGUUCGAAGACGGGCUCCAUCAACCUCUGGAGCUGGAGCCGCUCUUUCAAGCAAGGGAAGGGUGGGCAGAGGACAGUGCAAGCGGUCAUCCUGGCUGAACUGGAGUGGUCCUCCACAGAUCUGCCUUACCUCACCCUCAGUACAUGCCCAACAGAAGAAUACGUGUUCUGUGGCGAUGAGAAAGGAGGCGUCUGGAUGUAUGACCUCAGCAACCAUCUGUCUGCUUUGAGCAUCACCAAGGAAGACUGUACAACCAAGAGAAUAGGGCCUUCACAGGUUCUGAAGUGGCCGGAGCUGAAGGCCAACGGUGAGCUGCUGACGGACGUCCUGGUGAACAACGUGGUCACGGACCCUACCUUCACGUACUUGGUCGCGCUGACCGACGUCAACAUUGCCGCAAUAUGGAAGAAAACCUAGCCCUGCUGCCGGAGGAGCUCCUUUUUCUCAUCCACGUUUCAGUAGUGCAGUAUUUGUGACCAUUCUGAGAAUAACCGGGUUGGAGGGGGAUUUAAGUUCACGUGUAUCAAUGCAAGAAAAAUCAACCAAAGGGAUUGGCCAGAAUGACGUGUUUGCCGCCAAUGCCCACAUCUCUUUAACUGUGACUUUGCUUUCUUGGUGUAUUAAGUGUAUUUGUUUUAUAGAAGGACAGUAUUUAAUAAAACUUGAUACGAGGUAA